UGUGGCGUGUUGUCUCGCAGUGUAAGCGAACACCGUCCCAGCGAUACGGGACUUCUGUUUCCUUCGCUCCCAGCGCAGGCAGGAGGAAGCACAGAGCUCCGGGAAACUCCGUGCCAAGAGAGCUGGAGUUAUGGCGAGCGCCCUGCCGAAGGAUCAGAGCUGGAUACCCAGACUGUUCAAAAAGAAAACAUGCACCACGUUCAUAGAAGACGCCGCAGCCCAAAGCUCGGGACAAGUGUGCCAAUGCGGGACCCCCAAGCAGGACCAUGUGUCUGUGGCCAUGGAGGAUAAUUUCGGUGCUGCCAUAGUCAGCAAAUGGGAUUCAGCAGAACACACCACCGAGGAGCCCACCGAUGCCUACGGAGACAUCGAGUUUGUGGGUGCAGGGAAGAAGCACAGCAAGUUCAUCCGGCUGUCCAACGAGACCGACCCAUCCGUCGUAUACAACCUGAUAACCCAUCACUGGAAGAUUCCGCCGCCCAACCUGGUGGUCUCCGUCGUCGGAGGGGAUGGUGACUUUAAAAUGAGGACAUGGUUGAAAGAUAUCCUGAGGAAGGGGUUGGUCAAAGCCGCACAAAGCACAGGUGCCUGGAUAAUGACGGGAGGAAUGCAAGUUGGCAUCGGCAAAUACGUCGGCGAGGCGGUAAGAGACCACGCGACCGCCAACUCCAAUUCCAGGACCAAAGUAGUUGCCAUGGGUAUUGCGCCGUGGGGCAUCGUACAUAACCGGCAGAGCUUGGUUAAUCCAAAGGGAUCUUCACCGGCGAAGUAUCACAUGGAGACCGUGGACGGUCCAACGUACUCACUGGACAACAAUUACUCGGUCUUUCUGCUGGCAGAUGAUGGAACCAACCAGCAAAUGGGGGGAGAAACCAGCUUUCGAUUCAGGCUGGAGGAGCACAUCUCACGGCAGAAAACCGGGGUGGGAGGUAAAGGAAGCAUCGAGAUCCCGGUUUUGUGUAUGGUGAUUGCUGGAGAAUCCCAGAUGUUGGAGAGAGUGUAUCAGGCUACGAGGAGCCCCAUUCCAUGUCUUCUGGUGGCCGGUUCAGGUGGGGUUGCCGACUGCUUGGCUGAAAUCAUGGAAGAGUCGCUGACCAUGGAGUCUAUUAGGAGCUUAAUCAAGGAGAAACUGAAACAGCACUUUCCAGGUCAAGAUCUGCAAAAAAUGGUCGACAAGGUGCAGAAAAUCGUGGAGAAUCGUGACUUGGUCACCGUGUACUCAAAUAACGACGGGGCGGAGGACUUUGAAACUGUGAUCCUUAAAGCUCUAGUAAAAGCUUGCAAGAAACAAUCAAGCGAUGCUACAGAGUACCUGGAUGAACUUAAGUUGGCUGUCGCUUGGAACCGCGAGGACAUUGCAAAGACCGAGCUAUUCCAUGGGGAGAUCCACUGGCGGGCCUCCGAUCUUGAGGACACCAUGACUGAUGCUCUGGUGAACGACAAGCCCAGCUUCGUGAAACUCUUUGUGGACAACGGUAUGAACCUCGUGGAUUACUUGACGUAUGGAAGACUCGAGGAACUGUACAGUUCUGUUAUGGAGAACACGGUUCUUUGGCACCUUCUACAGCGAAAGCAUGAAGAACGUCGAGAGACCAACAAAGCUCACCACCAAGAGUACUUGCCGGUGGACACUCUAAACAAAGGGAGAGACUUCAAGCUCUAUGAAGUGGCCAAGGUUUUACGAGAGCUUUUGGGUGACGUCUGCGCCCCUUUCUACGCACAGGUCCUCGGGAACACAAAGAGUUCUGUCAGCAGAAGACAUUCAAGUAAUAAAACUCAGCAGCUUAAUUCUAGCACCCAGUCAUACGAAAAGAAGAAGUCCCAAAACCCGUGGACAGACCUUUUCAUUUGGGCCAUUCUACAGAACCGGGAUGAAAUGGCAACUUACUUCUGGGAGAUGGGUUCGGAGGCUGUAAGUUCUGCGCUGACUGCAUCGAAGAUCCUUAAGGAACUUGCUCGCCUGGAGUCAGAGGCCGAGGAGUCCAUGGCUAUGAGAGAACUGGCAGCGAAGUUUGAGCAUCUUGCAAUCGGCGUGUUUAACGAGUGCUACAGGAACAGUGAAAAUCGGGCUUUCAAGCUUCUGGUACGACGUUCCGCUGUUUGGGGAAAAGCCACCUGUCUGCAGCUCGCGUAUGAGGCAGACGCCCGGAACUUCUUUGCCCAGGACGGGGUACAGUCUAUGCUGACGGAGAACUGGUGGGGGCAGAUGACGCAGAAUACACCGGUGUGGGCGAUGGUGUUGACCUUCUUCUGCCCACCUCUGAUUUAUACAAACCUGAUAGAAUUUAAAUCUAUUGACAAUGAGAAUGGAGAAAGUACUCAGCGAGUGGAAAUGGACAGUCUGGAUAUCGAUAUAAAGACCACCGUCGCUGAAAUAAUGGAAGGAGAAGACCUCGAGAAGGAGAAAUUGGAGCUUUUAACCAUAAAACCACGCACAGCAAGCACUUCAAACACCGCGGCCCGCGAGGCAGAGAUCACCAAGGUGAAGCCGAGGCCGACGUGGCUCCGGCGCUGGAAACAGUUCUGGAGCGCCCCGGUGACUGCCUUCCUGGGCAACGUGGUCAUGUAUUUCGCGUUCCUCUUCCUUUUCUCCUACGUGCUGCUGAUGGACUUUAAGCCUCCUCCUCCGGAAGGCCCCGCAAACUCUGAGUUCAUCCUUUAUUUCUGGGUUUUCACCAUGGUGUGUGAAGAGAUCCGUCAGAGCUUCUUUGUAGGAUCUAUGCCGGUAACACAGAAGGUCAAACAGUACCUUCAAGACUCUUGGAACCACGUCGAUAUCACAGCCCUGAUGCUUUUCAUCGUCGCCCUGAUCUGCAGGAUGUUUGACGGCUCCUUUGAAUCUGGCCGCACCAUCUUCUGUUUUGACUUCAUGGUCUUCACGCUCAGGCUGAUUCAUAUUUUUGCCGUGAACAAGCAGCUGGGACCCAAAAUAAUUAUAGUUAGGAAGAUGAUGAAAGACGUUUUCUUCUUUUUGUUCUUCCUGGGCGUCUGGCUCAUCGCCUACGGAGUUGCAACAGAAGGUCUUCUUCAUCCCAGCGACAUGCGUCUGACCUGGAUCUUUAGACGGGUUUUUUACCGGCCUUAUCUGCAAAUCUUUGGCCAAAUCCCACUGGAUGAAAUUGAUGCUGCGAAGAUUGCGGCUUACAACUGUACGGACGACCCGAUCGCCAUUAUGAUGGAAGAAGCGCCACCCUGUACCAACACUUAUGCCAACUGGCUUGUCAUCCUCCUGCUUGUGGUGUUCCUGCUGGUGGCAAAUAUCCUAUUGCUGAACUUACUGAUUGCCAUGUUCAGCUACACGUUUUCCAAAGUCCAAGGGAACAGUGAUAUAUACUGGAAAUUCCAACGCUACAACCUGAUUGUUGAAUAUCACAAUCGCCCAGCCCUGGCGCCUCCGUUUAUUAUAAUCAGCCACAUCCACACCUUCAUCAAGCGCAAGAUUCGCAAGGUGGAGUCUCAGAAAAUCAGACAUUUCAUGUUGGAGCUGAAGGAGCCGCUGGAUAACCGGAUGCUGAUCUGGGAGGCCGUGCAGAAGGAGAAUUACCUGGUGAACAUCGCCAAGCAGAAACGAGACAGCGACACCGAGAGACUGCGCCGCACCUCACAAAAGGUAGAUACAGCGCUAAAGCAACUGAGCGAGAUCAAGGAGCACGACCGGAGGUUAAAGGCUUUGGAAAUCGAGGUUGAAUACUGCUCUAAAGCUCUUUCCUGGAUAGUCGACGCUCUUCAGAACAGCGAGAUGGUGAAGACGACCAAAGAGCCGCCGGUGUUAAAGUAGAAGAGAACGGAGUCUCCCGCCAGCCUGAAGAUCUCAUCCUACGGCAGCGGCUUAACGUUUCCGGCAGCACAGCGCAUGGAGGACGCGACCGCUGCCGGUCUGCUUUAGCCCUGAAGACAGAAUCUCACUUUAUUUGGGGACAUAUAAGAGGACCUGAUUGUGCCUAAUAUUUAUCUGCCUUUACUUUGAUCCACGACAAAAAUCAACCGUUUCCAGACGCCGGUGCAAAGCAUCUCCUUUCCGUUUCUAGAAGAUGUGGAAGUCCUACGUGUUUGCGACACAAAGCCGGUCCUGCGCCAGAGGAACUUCUCUCUAACCCUCAAGAACGAGAUCAGAGAUUUCUGGGGAUCUUCUGGUUUAUCUGAAAUGGUGACUGUAACGUUACAAGUGUCAGUGGUACUAAGUACCACUCCUUCGUAUGUUUAACGUUCUAAAAUUUAGUUUUAUUCUUUUUCAUUUUUUUUAUUUCUUGUUUUUUAGCGAAAGCGAGUUCUAUAAAUAUUUCUGUGGGGGGGGGAAACAUUUUUCUGCAGGGUAAGUUUAAGAUGUAAAUUUGUGCCCAGAAAAUAAGUGAAGACGGUAUAAUAACAGGAAAUGUUUGUGUAAAGAAAAUGUUUAUUUUACCUGAUUAAAUACGUUUGGAAAACCUUAGAAA